CUUGUUUAUUCGUUUCGAUAUCCGCGGUUUGGUUUCUUUACUUCCAUGCUUUUUUAAUGAAAAUAAGGAAUUUAGCUUAUUAAAAUUUGGCUUUCAUAGACAUGCAUGCUCGUAGAAGAAUCACCAAUUUAAUAAAUUAAAAUCAGUAAUAUAUUUGAACUUUAUAUAACUAGAAUUCCAGCUUAUUUAUUGAAUAAUGAUAAAACGUGUUGAAUUUAAGUAAUUAGUUUUGUUUUUUCAACUUGAUUACAUAACUGCAAGCAACUUCGCUAUAAAGCUCGUGCUCUAAUGGUGAAACUUUUUUCAUUCAUUUAAUUUUUAUGUUUUAUUGCUUCAUAACAUAUAAUUUUAAAUAAUGUUUUUGGAAGCAACAAUGAAUGCGGAGAGUAAUGUUCCUUUGUCUGAAAGUGUUUGUGAACGUCCUGAACGAUUUCCGUGCUCUGAAUGUGGACGGCUAUUCACGAAAUUGGGCUUGGAUUAUCAUAAAAAAACGUGUACUGAGAGAGAAGAUUGUCAGUGUACUGUUUGCACAAUCAGCAGGACGUCUAGUCAAAACAUAGCGUCUUUGAAUAAUGUAUUGCUUAAUAAUGUUAGUGGUGAAAAUUUUCAGGAACAGGAUGUAGAACCAACUUGUAGUAACGAUAGUUCCAUAUUUGAUAAUGAAUUAGAAUCUGACGAUGAGGAAUCUCUCCUUGAAAAUGGCAGUAAUUCCGUAGAGAGCACAGAGAAAAUUAAAGAUAAUUCUCAAAUAGUUGCUGAAGUUGGAGACUUUGUUGAUGAUCAUGGCGGUGUUCAAUGCUCUCGUAAAUUAUACUGUAAUGUUUGUUUUAAUCAUAUAUAUUGGGAAUCAUAUGGUGUGCACAUAUUACAACACUGUUCGAAGCUUGAGAACGAUUUUGUUCAGUGCCCGGAGUGUGUUAAAAAUUUCUCCCGCAAAACAUUACUCUUAAUGCAUUACUUCAUACACUUUUCUGCACAUCCUUUAGACUGUUUAGAAUGCCGUUGCAAUUACGAGCACUGCAUCGAUGUUACGACGCAAACUGUUGCUGACCACUGCUACGCUGAAACAUUCAAGUGCUACAUAUGUUUAAAAAUUUUCAGCCAUGAGCAAUCGAUUGUUAAUCACAUGCGAUUACAUUCCAAGGAAAUGCCCUUCACUUGCACCGAGUGCAAGCGAUCCUUUCGGCAAAUCGGUAACUUACAAAGGCACAUGACCACCCAUCGGGGUGAGCGACCAUUCCAGUGCCAGGAUUGUGAUAAAUCAUUUGCCGAUCCAGCCACUCUGCGUAAUCACAUGCGAGUUCAUACAGGCGAAACACCUUAUGUGUGCACUUUGUGUACACGAGGUUUUACUCAAGUUGGGAAUUUAAAAAGACAUUUAGCUUUGCAUUUGAAAAAUGGAAGACAGACAAGUGCAUUAGCUAGAAAAAGCUCAUUUAACCGUAAGAAGUCUAUAGAAAGCAUAGAAUCUAUUGAUUUUGAUGAUCCAAAGAACGAGAACAUACCUCAGGAAAAUAUGCCCUCUUCUAUUAAUCCAUUGAAUUCCAUCGAAACCUCGGCGGAUGAAACAUCUUCUAACCAUAAAAAAUCUAGAAAACGUAAGAGAAAUGGAAAGUUCAAAAUAUUUUCGUGUCCGACCUGUCACAAAAUUUAUACUUGGAAACAUGAUCUGCAAGUUCAUUUUCGAACUCAUACUGGAGAGAAGCCCUACGGUUGUGAUAUUUGUGGUAAAAAGUUUGCCCAAAGCGGGGCUGUCAGAACACACUUAGCUCGUCAUCACUCUGAAAGAGCAAAGGUCAGAAAAAAGGCUCUUGCCGAUGCUAAAAAGAAGUGAAUGUUAGGAUGUCUUAUCCAUUGUGAUUUCCGACCUUGUAUUUUUGUUAACUUGUUUUGUGUGUUAUCAGCUGCGUCAUUUUGUACUACUAAUUAUUGUCAAUGAUUUAUUGAAUAUUUGAAAAUCUGUUGUCUUAAGUAUGAAUUUCACCUUAAGAUUUCUUUAUGUCAGCAUUUUGUUUCUAAAUUUCUUUGACCGACAUUUGCUUUUUUGAAAGACUACAUUAAUUUAUUAACUACUAUAUUAAAAUAUUAUAAUUUAUAAAGUAUUACUUUACCUACGUAAUGUCAUAGUACUAGUUUCUUAAUUUAGCAUUUAAUUUUUUAACUACAAAUAUCACCAUAACUAUCUGUAAUAAAAUUCUGUGUUGAUCAUUGUGGAAAUUUCCCAGUAAUUAUAGAGUGACAAAAAGUUAUAAUUUUAUAUUUCUUGCAUAAAAUACCUGGAUAUAAUGAAUUUCAAUUUUAUACAAUUUUUAUUAUUCAAUUAAAAUUAAAUGCUUAUAUUUAUAUACAAGUA